AUGGCGAGCUCACUAGAAGAGGCCAAGCUCGAGCGGUUUCUCCGGUGGUUACAGGUUAAUGGAGCGGAGUUACGUGGGUGCAAGAUCAAGUACUCUGAUUCCAGCAAAGGGUUUGGCAUUUUUUCGUCUAAUGAAGUUUCUGAUGGGGUUCUAUUAGUUGUUCCUCUGGAUUUAGCAAUAACUCCUAUGAGAGUUUUGCAAGAUCCUCUUCUUGGACCAGAAUGUAGAGCAAUGUUUGAGGAAGGAGAUGUAGAUGAUAGGUUCUUGAUGAUUUUGUUUCUAACAGUGGAGCGUGUCCGCAAGAAUUCUUCUUGGAAGCCGUAUCUUGAUAUGCUUCCGACUACUUUUGGCAAUCCACUAUGGUUUACUGAUGAUGAGCUUUUGGAGCUAAAAGGGACAACAUUGUAUAGAGCAACUGAAUUGCAGAAGAAAAGCUUGCGGUCUUUAUAUGAUGGUAAACUGAAGACUCUGAUGGAGAAAUUGUUAACUCUGGAUGGGGAUUUAGAAAGAGAUGUUUGCUUUGCAGAUUUCCUUUGGGCAAAUUCUUUGUUUUGGACCCGUGCUUUAAAUAUUCCCCUUCCCUAUUCCUAUGUAUUUCCCCAAAUUCAAGAAAACAAAAAUGAUAGUGCUUCAGAUGGCAAAAAUUCUGAGGUUUCUACUACUCAUAUUUGCAUGGAAGAGUUGGCUAAUGGAAUGGAUGAAAAAGGAUGCCAGGUUGAAGGGGUUGAUAUUCAAGUCAAUGGAGUGACAUCCACAUCAAAACAAAAAGAGACUGUCUGGGUGGAGGGUCUUGUUCCUGGCAUUGACUUUUGCAACCAUGAUCUAAAGGCAGCAGCAACGUGGGAAGUUGAUGACACUGGAUCAACAACUGGAAUUCCUUUUUCUAUGUACCUUCUUUCUGCUGUACAACCUUUGCAGAUUCAGGGAGAAAUUUCUAUAAGUUAUGGUAACAAAGGAAAUGAGGAACUACUUUAUCUCUAUGGUUUCGUCCUUGAUGGUAAUCCAGAUGACUAUCUCAUGGUCCAUUAUCCAAUGGAAGCAAUUCAAAGUGUUCCCUUCUCUGACUCAAAAUCACAGCUUCUUGAAGCACAGAAGGCCGAAAUGAGAUGUCUGUUACCUAGAAGUUUACUGGAUCAUGGCUUUUUCCCAGUAGACAUCUCAAAUAAAGAAGGGGAUGAUAAGUGCAAACUUGACCAUGUUUGUAGCUAUAGUUGGAGUGGUCAGCGCAAGAUGCCAACAUACUUACACAAAUUGGUUUUUCCUGAGAACUUCUUGACAGCCUUGAGGACCAUAGCCAUGCAGGAGGAUGAGCUGUUUCAGGUUUCAUCUCUGCUGGAAGAGCUUGUAAGAUCUGGAGGGGGGAGGCAACCAUCUGAUUCAGAAGUUCGAGCAGCUGUAUGGGAGGCUUGUGGUGAUUCCGGAGCUUUGCAAUUACUCAUUGAUCUUCUUAACGUGAGGUUGACGGAUCUUCUAGAAUCUUCUGGUACAGAGGACAGCGACACCAAUUUGCUUAAAAAUGCACAUAUUGUUGAAAGUGCAAACCAGCAUACAGAUGAGAACAGUUUAAGUCAAGAGACAAAUGGCAGUGACUGUACACAACAAUACAAGUUGAUGAGUAGAAACGUGUGGGCUAGUAUUGUAUAUAGAAGAGGGCAGAAGCAACUCACUCGAUUAUUCCUUAAGGAAGCAGAACACGCCCUGGAAUUAGCCCUCAGCGAGGGCAACUAA